GUUUUUUUUCUCUCUCUCAUUUAAGAUCGAGCUUGUUGCACAGUCGCAAUGGAUCUCAAAGUAGAAACCGAAGAAAUGGACACGAAUCAACCUCCACCCUUGGAAGUUUUUGCGCACAGCUCGACCCUCCACGGGAUCUCUCACAUUUUCACGUACGAGCGGUUCUGCAUCAAACGCUGCCUGUGGGUCGUGUUUUUCUUGGGCUCUCUGACCUUCUUGCUGUACGUAUGCGUGGAUCGGAUCCACUUCUACCUCGAGUACCCGCACGUCACCAAGCUGGACGAGGUCACGACCCCGAUCAUGACGUUCCCCGCGGUCACCUUUUGCAACCUGAACGCGUUCCGCUUCAGCCGGGUGACGCGCAAUGACCUGUACCACGCAGGGGAGCUGUUGGCCCUGCUCAACCAGAGGUAUGAGAUCAGGGACAUACAUCUCGUGGAGGAGAGCGUUCUGGAGAGCCUAAAGGUGAAAGCCGACUUCCACAAUUUCAAACCGCGACCAUUCAACAUGAGAGAAUUCUACGACCGCACAGGUCACGACAUCAACGACAUGCUGCUCUCCUGCCACUUCCACGGCACCGAGUGCAGAGCGGAGGACUUCAAAGUGGUUUUCACUCGCUACGGGAAGUGUUACACCUUUAACGCCGGCGAUGAUGGACGCCCUCCCCUCAUCACCACCAAGGGAGGUAUGGGUAAUGGACUCGAGCUCAUGCUGGACAUUCAGCAGGAUGAAUACCUCCCUGUCUGGGGAGAAACAGAUGAGACAUCAUUUGAAGCUGGGGUCAAAGUCCAGAUCCACAGCCAGGACGAGCCGUCCUUCAUUGACCAGCUCGGGUUCGGAGUGGCGCCCGGGUUUCAGACAUUUGUCUCCUGCCAGGAACAGAGGCUGAUCUAUCUUCCUCCACCCUGGGGAGACUGUAAGGUGACGGCCAUGGAUUCAGACUUCUUUGAUAGUUACAGCAUCACGGCCUGUCGCAUCGACUGUGAGACGCGCUACCUGGUGGACAACUGCAACUGUCGCAUGGUGCACAUGCCGGGCGAUGCACCCUACUGCACCCCGGAGCUGUACAAAGAAUGUGCUGACCCAGCUCUUGAUUUCCUGGUGGAGAGAGACAAUGAUUUCUGUGUGUGUGAGACGCCAUGCAACAUGACCAGAUACAGCAAAGAGCUGUCCUUCGUCAAGAUCCCCAGCAAGGCCUCGGCUAAAUAUCUCGCAAAGAAAUACAACAAAUCUGAGCAGUAUAUUAAGGAGAAUAUUCUGGUGUUAGACAUCUUUUUUGAGGCUCUCAACUAUGAAACUAUUGAACAGAAGAAGGCUUAUGAAGUGGCUGGACUAUUAGGUGAUAUCGGUGGUCAGAUGGGGCUUUUUAUUGGGGCGAGCAUACUCACCAUACUGGAGUUAUUUGACUAUCUUUAUGAGGUGAUAAAGUACAAGCUGUGUCGCUGCUCCAAUAAGAAGCACAAGCACAACAACAACAACGACCAGGGAACGGUGCUGAGUUUAGAUGAUGUCAAGUGUCACGUCAGUAACUUUCACUAGGCUCCUGCAGGCGUGAGGGGGAGGGUUUUAUUCGCCACUGCACUCUCCUGUCUCUGAGCUUAUUCGUGGACUUUGUUCAUUGCAGUUUGUCGGACUGCGGGAGCAACAGAGUAAAUGUCUGAACUCUGCCUGUUUAAGGUCUGUGAGCAACAAAUUCAGAAUGUGGCCGAAGUCAGAGGAAGCCACGGCAAAAGACGGCAGGAGAGCAGAAUUCAAAAGUGUCAGAAUAACUGCAUGGUCAUCUGUAAAACAGCUUCUCAAGACAUAGUAACAGAUACAGUAAAUGGGGGCAUGAACUAAGCUAUGGUUCAUAUUUUGUUCAGUAAAUCUGCUUUAGAAAUCUCAGCUGUGUUGGUGGUGUGCGUCAUCUGUCAAUCUGAGGAGUUUUUUUUGUAAAAUACUUGAUGUGACAAGUUCAUUUUCACUUACAAUUAAUUGUUUUUUAACUAUUUAAGGUCAUUUUUCUUUUGGGAAUUUGCAUGUCAGUGCUACUCUUCGUUUUUCACUUGUGUCCUUUGCAGUUUGCUUUCAUCUUUGCUUAUCUGUUCUUGACUUUUCCCUCCAUUUUUUAUUCAUGUCUUGCCAGCCUCAUCUUAUAAAAAAGUCUUCCCUUGUUAAAAAACCUGAGCAUUUUGCCAGUAUACUCUACUACCUCAUCUUGCAAGGGUGACACGAAGAUUUUACAACCCAAUCAAAUUAAUAACAAAAAGGUCACCUUCCUGUAUGAAAAUGAGCAGAGCGAGCACACUUAACAUUUACAGCGUUUUUUUUACAGAAGACAUUUUGACUUGUAGCAGGAAUAGAACAGGCGUAAAUAAUAAACAAUGAUGGCUGAAUUCCAUUUAGUUGCUUCAGUUUCAGGCUCUUGGUAUCGUGCAGUCUUACAGGGACACUAAAAAUAGAACAGAGCCUUUAUUAAUGUUAUUAGUAACACCUGUGUUUUUUCCUUCUAUGAGAACCACCAUAAGCUACUGGUCAUAUCGGACCAAGUACAGCUGUAGCAACAACAAGAAACCCCUGAGUGAUUUGACUUCCGGGACAUAAGUUUGUUCGCUUUCUGGUGGAGAAUUAGAUGAGAAGAUGAACACCACUCGGUUAACUUAGUUUAGCAUAAAGACUGCAAACAGCUAGCCUGGCUGCGUCUGAUGAUAAUAAAAUGCACCUGAAGCAGCAAAGCUCACAAAUGAACACGUUAUAUCUAAUUUGUUUAAUCUGUACAUUUUCUACAUUAUACAGUUUUAUGGAUGACUUUGUGGCGUAACCAUAAAGGUAACAAUAAGAGUCCAGGAAGUCAUUAAAGGUCCAGUGUGAAACAUUUAGGAGGAUCUAUUGGCAGAAAUGGAAUAUAAUAUUCAUAGGUAUGAUUUCAUUAGUUUAUAAUUACCUGAAAAUAAGAAUUGUUGUGUUUUUGUUACCUUAUAAUUAUUUUGAAACAAAUUAACAAAAGAUGCAGAGGUUUCUAUAUUGUACAACAGAGUUAUAAAAACCUUAACCCUAACAAAUUAUGUUCAUAUAUUACACAGACAUUUCUAUAAUGUGCAACAGAUUGCAAAGAAUAAGCAUCUUUAUUUAAAAAAGGAGCAGAGGGAGAAGGAGGAAACCCCAUUUUAAGGAGUCUGCCAUGUUUCUACAGUAGCCCAGAACGGACAAACCAAACACUGGCUGUAGGGGCGUUUGUGAUUUUCAGCCACCGUAGUUUCUCCUAAACUCUUGGAAGAGGAGCUGUAGUCGGUCAGUCGGCUCCAAUCUGUAACUUCACCACUAGAUGCUACUAAAUCCUACACACUGGUCUUUUAAUUGGAUUUAUGCUGAGCUAACCUAACUGGCUGCAGACUGUAGCCUCAUAUUUAACUGAGAGUGAGAGUAAAUCAUUGAGUAAAUGAGCUGAAACAAGUAUUCUAACAUGGAAAAAAAGAGUUGAAUGGAUAUACAACAAAAUUCAAUGUACACAUAUUAUGAACCGAUAUUUUAAAAAGCUCUCCUCCACAUCAACCAGGUGCUACGUACUGUCUGAUUUCCAUUCAUCGCUAUCAGAACUAUAAAGACUUUAUUGCAUUAAUUUAAGGGAAUGUCAUACAUUUGUACGUGCUGUUCAUCAGCGUGCGAACACGGCGAGAUAAAACAAUUACUGAGUAUAAAUAUGUUGAAUGUGUUUUGCCAUCUUUUAGGGCUCCGAGUUGCAUGUAGCAUUUUGUACAGUAGGCGUCUCAAACGUGUGUCGUCAUCCGUCUUCGCGUUCGGUUGUAUAUAUUGUGAGCAUGUAUCGAUCUGUGUGCGGUCAAUCAGAAGCUGGUUGGAAGGAAACAUGCCGCCCUCAUAUAUCCAAAAAAACACUGUAUCUGUUAUCGGUUAGGCUGCAAACAUGUCGUGUGCAUGUUUAAGGGGGUUUUGCCUCAUUAUUCGAACUCUGUUUACAAAACAUUUUACAGUAUUCGGUUUUAAGAGAUUCCCAUUGAGGGGAAUGGGGGAACUGUAUAGUGUGUUGCUGUGUAGUGUUAUUAUCAAGCACAAUCAUACCAUCAACUGUAAUGUAAAUGUAAAUAUUGCUAUUGAUAAUAAUCGUGUUAGAAUAGGCUGAGCUGUCUGUAAUACUUGUAUUUAUUUAACGUAGAGUAGUUGUGUGUCUCAGCUUCAUUUUUCUGUAUAUAUGAAAAGUAUAUUUAUCAAAGACAAUAUUAAAAAGUAUGAUGCCAUUUCUUUUGUAUUUGCUACAGUCACAGCAGCUUAAACCUGAAGAAUGAACAGCUGGAUUGUUAUUUUCCACCGCACGAGUACAUCAAAAAAAAAAGUCCUUCCAGGCCGUCGUUGCUUUUUCUGUGUUUUUCUUAUAUUUUUGCCUCCAUUUUUAAUCCUCCUGUUUUACUUUAAUAUACGAAAGGUUGGUUAUUUUAGUCUGGUGAUGUGUAGAUAAAUCAUGAACUUGAAGAAGUUGUUAUAUUAAAGAUUAAAUGCUAACUUUACGUAACUUUUAUUUA